CACACACACACACACACACACACACACACACACACUAGAAAGUCCAGAACACACAAGUCUGGAUGAGAUGAAGGCUCUGAGUAAACCUCCAUCUCAGGAAAGAGGCUGCCUCCUGCUCUGUCCUCCACUCCCAGACUAAGCAGGGGACCCCUCGCCACUCCCAGAGCCCCCAGGGGCUUCCACAGGUGGCUCAGCCCAGCUUCAGGGCUGGGGGAGGAGGGACACACACUGCCCCUUUCUGAAGGAGAGUGAAUCCUGCUCUGAGUUUGGGGAGACUCAGGGUCUUCAGAUCAAGACUCUGCAGCUGGUGGGGUGCAGGGGGUGGCCCUCAGCCCCAGGAUGCUGGCCUCCCAAGGCUGACUCUCAAGGCCAGGGACCAGCUGGGCGCACAGGCCAGGACACCCAAGGAGGACUGGCCUGCAGGUUCACAUGGGAGGUCUGGAGGCCCAGAGGGGAGGCCACCAGGAACCUCGGCCCCUGUCGGCUAAGUUGGAACCGCCCUCAGAGUCACAUCUUGACACCUAGAUCCAGGAUGCUCUCCAGCACUCCCACCCUCCCUAGCCCAGGACAGGCUGUGGGUCCAGGAACCUGUAGCAGCCUGAUCUGAGGAGGAAGCCUCUGAGGACCAUCCAGUGGUCCCCUAGAAAAACCCACAAGAAGACAAGAGCCCCUGGAUUCUACUUCAGGGGCAGGCAUCCUGCCUUGGAUCUGACCUCAUGAGGAGCACUGUACUGGCCUGGGGACUGUGGUUAACCGGCCGGCCCUGGCCCUGCCUUUAUGGGUCCACAUCGCAGGAGGGCGGUGGACAGAGCUCAGAAAGAUAAAAACCUAAAAGCUGUACCAGUGGAGGGUCCACUCUCUGCCCUGGGAGAGUGACUGUGGCAGCUAAGGGAUGUGACUUGGGGUAGGCUGGGUGUGCUGAGGGAGCCAUCAGGCUGGCCAGGGCCCCUGAGGCAGGUGAGUGCACAUGCUUGGAGGUCACACCUGAAGGUAACCUCUGAUGGGCCCAGGGAUGUGGAUGCCAUGAUUAGGUCCCAGCCUGGUCCCCAGGGGCCACGGGGAGUACCUGCGAUGCCAGAAGGACCAGUACCUUGACCUCCUGGUUCCCCCAACCCUCAACCCUCUCUGGGAUGGCUGUGGGAAGCAGUGGACGUCCUGAGCUCAGCCACUGGGACUGGCAGACGGCUGCUCACACCUGAGCUGCUCAGGCCGGUGACUUGGGCUGAGGUUGGCAACCCGUGGGGUUGAAUGAGUCUGUGCUAUACAAAAGGCAGAGGACAGGCUCAGGUCCAGACGAUGGCCCUGAAGACCUAGUCUGGCUCUGGCUCUGACAGAGGCGGGCAAGGUGGCCUCCCUGGUAGAGGUGGAUAGCAGUUGGGCCUGGAGGGCAACCAGGUGGGUGGAGAGCCGAGGAGGGCUCUCCAGGCACGGGGUCAGCAGGGCAAAGUUCCUGGGAGGGAGGCGGAGUCAGGGAGGGACCUCGGGCUGCGGGCUUUGAGGUCAAGCCCGGGUAAGAACGAAGGCCCGGGGUAGGCAGAGUGGAGCCUCAGCCCACCCGGGGGCUGCGAGGCCCAGGGCGCUGUCGCCCGGCGGGGUCCCCCAGGGGACGGAGGUGCCAGCCGCUCCAGGCCACGGGCGCGUCGGGGUGCGCGGACUGCCGGGGAGGCACAAGCACAGCCUGGGGUAUCGGGGGCGCCUCCCGGACCCCGCCGCUCCUCGGGACCCCACCGCCGCAUUCCUGGCUCAGCCGCCCUCGCCCGGCCGGUGUAGCCGGUGACCUUCCCGGCGCGGCCUGGGGCGGGGCCCUGGCCCCGCCCCGUCCGCGCGACGCCACUGGCUGGGCCCCGUGCCCUUUGCAAACACCGGCUCCCAUUGGCUCCCGCGGCCCCGCCCCGCACUCCCGGGCCACCGCCCGCGCGGGAACUGCGCGUGCGCGGGGGCGUGUGUGAACGCGGAGGGGUGACGCGCCACGCCGUGCCGUGCGCCUCCGCGACUCCGCUCCCGCCAGCUAGUCCCAGGCGGUUCGCCGCGCCCCCCGCCCGCCCCCGCCCACUCCGGAAGGCGCGCCGGCCUCUUCCCGCCGUCGCCUCGGCAGCUUACGCGGGUUCCAGAGGCGACCCCCGCCGCUCAGCCCCGGCGGAAGGGGGCGGGGCCCCGGCUCGGCCCGCCCCCGCGGAGGGAUACGCGCGGCCGCGGCCCAAAACCCCGGGGCGAGGCGGUCCGGGCGUGUGAGCGGCUCAGCCUGCUGCGCGUGUCGUCGUGGUCCACGCGGGGCUUGGUCGGGCAGUGCGCCGCGCGGACGGCCUCGCCCGAACAGGCCCGCGCUCCGAGGCCGGCGCUCCCGGCGCACCUGCCCGCUGUCUGCGUCGGGGCUACGCGCGGCCCGGAGAGGCCGUCCUCCCGCGUCCUCCACCGCGCGGGGAGCCGGGCCGGGCAAGAGGCGGCGCGGAGGCCGGGGGCCCGCGCCCGGCCGCCGCCCGCGAUGCUGCUCUCCAAGUUCGGCUCCUUGGCGCACCUGUGCGGACCAGGCGGCGUGGAUCAUCUCCCGGUGAAAAUCCUGCAGCCAGUCAAGGCAGACAAGGAGAGCUUCGAGAAGGUGUAUCAGGUGGGCGCCGUGCUGGGCAGCGGCGGCUUCGGCACGGUCUACGCAGGCAGCCGCAUCGCCGACGGGCUCCCGGUGGCCGUGAAGCACGUGGUGAAGGAACGGGUGACCGAGUGGGGUAGCAUCGCCGGCGCGGCUGUACCCCUGGAGGUGGUGCUGCUACGCAAGGUGGGCGCGGCCGGAGGCGCGCGCGGGGUCAUUCGCCUGUUGGACUGGUUCGAGCGGUCCGACGGUUUCCUACUGGUGCUGGAGCGGCCCGAGCCGGCGCAAGACCUCUUCGACUUCAUCACGGAGCGGGGCGCGCUCGACGAGGCCCUGGCGCGCCGCUUCUUCGCGCAGGUGUUGGCCGCCGUGCGCCACUGUCACGGCUGCGGGGUCGUGCAUCGCGACAUCAAGGACGAGAACCUGCUGGUGGAUCUGCGCUCGGGCGAGCUCAAGCUCAUCGACUUCGGCUCGGGUGCGCUACUCCGCGACACCGUCUACACCGACUUCGACGGCACCCGCGUGUACAGCCCUCCGGAGUGGAUCCGCUACCACCGCUACCACGGGCGCUCGGCCACCGUGUGGUCUCUGGGUGUGCUGCUCUACGACAUGGUCUGCGGGGACAUCCCCUUCGAGCAGGACGAGGAGAUUCUCCGGGGCCGCCUCUUCUUCCGCAGGAGGGUCUCCCCAGAGUGCCAGCAGCUCAUUCAGUGGUGUCUGUCCCUGCGGCCCUCUGAGAGGCCCUCGCUGGACCAGAUCUCUGCCCACCCCUGGAUGCUGGGGGCUGAGGGGGGCACCCCGGAGAGCUGUGAUCUGCGGCUCUGCGCCCUGGACACGGACGAUGGGGCCAGCACCACGUCCAGCAGCGAGAGCUUGUGAGCAGGGCCUGCCCCUGGCAGUGGGAACCGGAGGGGACCCCUGCGCUAUGCCCGGGCCCUGCGCUGGGCCGGCUCUGCCGGGCUGUCUGCCCCUUGCGAAAAGCAGUGACCUCUGACCCCUGGUGACUUUCGCCUUUGGCGCCGGCCGGUUCCUUUGCUUUGAGUGCCUUUUCGAACGCUGCUCUCACGGGACUUAGUUUUCUCAAGCUCUGUCUGUCCAAAGACACUCCGGUCCAAGCCAGGUCCCGCCUGCCCACGGCCGGCGCUUGACCCGAGACCGUCCCUCUCCUGUGCUGCUCCGGAGGUGGCCCUGGCCUCCCCGCCCCUCUGCGUCUGACGUGUCGGACCAGGAGCUCUCCCGUGUCCUGUGGCCUCGUCUCACAUGGGUACGGGGUCCCUCAUCAUGCCCCCCCUCCCACCCUCGUGUCUCGGUGUUCGUCUGGGCACGUCUGUGCACAAGCAAUGCAACGUUCAGGCCUUGCUGCCCGCCCGCCCACCCGAUGCGUGUGCAACCGUCUUAUUUAUGGUGUGACCCCGAGGAGGGCUAUUUAUUGUUUAAUUUAUUUGUUGAGGUUCCUCCCUCCCAGCAGCCCUAGCUCAUCAAGGCCUGUGGGCAGAGGAGGGGGCGGCUGUGCGUGUGGACCCCAGGUCCCAAUCCUACCCGUGUCUGUCAGAAGGUGGACUUGUACAGUGGCUAAUUUAAGGGGAGUGGGUGACCCCGCCCCCUUGUGGCUCUGCGCCCUUGGGGGGUGGGUUUUAAAUUAUUGACCUUGUACAGUCUGCUUGUUGGCUCUGGAGGCUGGGGGGUGGGGGGACAGAGUCUCAAGCCUUUAAUUUAUUUCAGCAGUUGUGUUUGUGUGAUCCCGGUGUGCGUAGGCACUGCGGAUAGGGUUUUCUUUCAGUUCAAAAGUGAGAUGUCUGGAAAUCAUAUUUUUUUAUACAGGUAUUUCAAUUAAACUGUUUUGUAUGAAA